UCUCCCUUUGAUUCUCCCCCCCUCACCCCGCCUUUUUGCUUCUUCUUCUUUUUUUUUAUUUCCCUUUUUUUUUUUUUUUUUUUUAAAGCUGGAGGAGGGAGGAGAGCGCGGCCACGUUACACCCCUCCCUUUCUGCAAAUCCCCGCUUGCACUGCAAACAAUCUGCCUUCCCCAUUGCAUCCAAGGGAGAUAGCAACAGCAACAUCAUCACGGCAAGCCGGAUGGGAGAGCGGAGAGGAGGCUGCUGCUGAGGGAGAAAGGCACACACGCACACACCAGCUCGAUGUUGCCAAAGCGGUAGGAGCCGCACGAAAAAUAAGCCAUGCUGCCCCGUGUGUCUGGCGCAUUGUGCUCCAUCCGAGCCUUUUAGGAGGAAGAAGAGAAUUAUCUGCUCCGAUUUUUUUUUUUUUUUGCCAGCAAGAGUGCGACAGACUUGCGAUGGUUGAAUGUCAAUGCCUGUGAGAGAGAACAACAGUCAGAGGAGGAGGAGGACAGAAGGGGAGGAAAAUGAAGGUGGGGACGGUGGUGGAGAGAAAGAAGGAGCCUCGUCCAAUGCAUCAAAAGGAGGUCCCUGCAAUUGCUGAUAGAGCCCUGGCCGCCUCGCCAUCCACAAUGGUCUGUACAAGCUGCCAAUGCGUUUGAUGACGUUCCUGUUUUGUGAAAGGAGGAAAGGAAACGUGACCAUGUAAGAUCCACGUUUCCCCGGUCAAUUACAUGCGAAGAAUAGAUCCGAUUUCGACGGGGUUUUUUUUUGGUCCAGGAUGGUAACAGCUUAGGGAAUAAUACAGUCGCCUUCCCUCACCAAUUUUGCUCUGAUUUUUUUGGUGUGGUCCAGACAGCUGCUGGAAUAGAGAAGGUCAGAAUAUAUAAAUAUAUAUAAAAAUAUAUAUGAUAUAUUAUAUAUAUAUUAUAUAUAUAAAUAUAUUUAUCUCAGUACAUCUGGGAUUAAGCUCAUUGAAUGCUAAAUAUUUCUUUCAGGACUUUUAAUAUUUACAAUGAAAUCUUUUAAAGGCAACGGUAAAAUCUGAAGCCACCUGGGAGUACAGUGUUGGAAACGUAGGGUGUUUUCCCACAAACAAUGUGAAGGUCUUUUUUGUCAAAGAGGCAAUUUUGAUAAUCAGCUACCAAUUUUGCAUUUUGAUAGCCAGACCGGCUGCUAUUUUGUCUGGGUGCACACCGGGUCUCGUGUGAUCGGGUUUUAUUUUUUAAUUGAAAAAAAAAUUAUUAAAAAAUAGAAGAAACAGGAAAAUUACUUGAGAUGCCAAAUACUGUCGAGAGAACCAUAUUCUCCCUCCUCCCCACACCCACCGGAGGCGCGGACCCUUCUUUUUUACAGGCUUAGGAGUUGCGAGAGCCGAUCGGGGGCUUUCUCCCGAGCCCGCCGCCCGCGCCCCCGGACCCUCGGGCGUGGGAGAUUUAUUUCCUCCUCCUGCUGAUUUCUAAACAAACUUGUGGAGGGGGGUGGGGGUGUAAGAAUCCCCCUGAAGCGCAGAGUCGGGGUUUUUUUGUGCUUUUUUUUUAAAAAAAAUUGUCAUACUCGCCGGAUUUCAGCGGGCUGCCGGGGAUUUCACCCCCUCGCCCUCCGGCUCUGCUUUUGUCCUUUCCCCGCCGGCCAGCGCAGCCCCCCCGCCCAGGCACUGAGGCCGCAGCGGAGCCCCCCCCGGCCGCGGGGCGCCCGGCCUCUGCCCUUUUCUUUCCCACCCCGUCCCCGCCUGCCAAGGAAAGGCACAUGUUAAUUCCACCCGGCGCGGUCAUUUUCUGCUACUGCUGCUGCGGGCUCCUCCGUCCGAGACAGAUGUUGCGAAACCAAGGCCUCCUCAAGUGCCGCUGCCGCAUGCUCUUCAAUGACCUGAAGGUCUUCCUGCUGCGGAGACCCCCCGCGCCGCCGCCGCCCUCCCCGCCGCCGCCGCUCCCCAUGCCCGGCGGCGCAGAGGCGGCGGCGGGCGGCCCGGCGGGGGCCGCACCGCCCGGGGGACGCGGGCCCGGCUGGCGGGCGGCGGCAGGCGGCGGCGGCGGCGCGGGCAGCCCGGGCACCGAGGAAUGGGGCAGCCCCGCCGGGGAGCCGCCCGCCUCCCUGCCCAGCAGCACCUCCUCGGAUGACUUCGGCAAGGGCAAGGCCGAGGACCGCUACUCGCUGGGCAGCAGCGUCGACAGCGGCAUCCGCACCCCGCUCUGCAGGAUCUGCUUCCAGGGGCCCGAGCAGGGGGAGUUGCUGAGCCCGUGUCGAUGCGAUGGAUCGGUGAAGUGCACACACCAGCCAUGUCUGAUCAAAUGGAUUAGUGAGAGAGGCUGCUGGAGCUGUGAGCUGUGUUACUACAAGUAUCACGUCAUUGCCAUAAGCACAAAGAACCCUCUGCAGUGGCAGGCCAUCUCUCUGACAGUCAUUGAGAAGGUUCAGAUAGCAGCGGCCAUCCUGGGUUCCCUCUUCCUCAUCGCCAGUAUCUCGUGGCUCAUCUGGUCGACCUUCAGUCCUUCAGCCAAAUGGCAGCGCCAGGACCUGCUCUUCCAGAUCUGCUAUGGAAUGUACGGCUUCAUGGACAUUGUCUGUAUAGGUCUAAUAAUACACGAAGGGCCCUCGGUUUACCGGAUUUUUAAACGGUGGCAGGCGGUCAAUCAGCAGUGGAAAGUGCUGAACUAUGACAAAACAAAGGACAUGGAGGAACAAAAAACAGGGACCAGGACAAAUCAGCGCCCCUCCUCCCAAACCACCCACUCGUCCUCCACUGGUGGUACAGCCACUAACUCCGCUCCAGCCGACAGCGGGGCACGGGCUGCCGGCCAUGCCACAGGCACCCUCUCUGACCACCACUGUGCUUAUACCAUCCUGCAUAUACUCAGCCACCUGAGGCCUCACGAACAGAGGAGUCAGUCUAGUAGUAACAGAGAGCUCGUCAUGAGGGUCACGACGGUCUGAGCCGAGGAAUUGAGGAGGCCUUAACACGAAGCGGAGGAGACAAAGAACUCAUAAAGCAGAGGAGCAUGGUGUGCCUUUUUCUUUCUCUUUCCUUUUCUUUUUUUCUUUUUUCUUUCCUCCUCCUCUUUUCUUUUUCGGUAACUGCACAAGAUAUAAGAGGUGGCACCUAGCCAGCUGAGGAAAAAAGCAGGUGGAGGGAGAGCUGCACACUCAUGCUAAAGAGGUUAAUGUUUUCCAGCCAGUUUAAAAAAGAAAAAAAAAAAAAUCCCAACAACACAAAUCACAAAAAAACCCAACAAAACAAGUGCAAUACAGACUACAAACUGAGUAGGCAGAGUUCUGGGGAAGCAGAGGAACAGACGGUUUAGCAUGUCUUACAAAUCCUAUUACCUGGAAUAGGUAACACUCUGUACACACCCCCUGUACACACAUGCACGCGCACACAAACAGACACGCACACAGUGUGAGAUUUAUAAAAACAAGGAAGGGAAUGAAAUAUUUGGAGUAUUUUUAUUUUCCAGACUGUGAUUAACCAGGGCUAUGAGUCGUUUCGUUUCAUGAGUCACUCUGGAGCUUUGUUUGAUUUACCAUAGGAUACCUGAAGUGAAAUGGCUGGGGAUUUUUCAGUAUUGAUUUACAGAAAGAGAGAUUGAAUCAUCCCACCAAGAAAAUCUAACAAAACCCAAAUUUCUCCAAAAGAAAUAUCCUGUUUUUUUCAAAAUGUUCCUGACAAAGGGUUUGUGAGGGUGGAAUUGGGAGGGGGGGAGGGUGUUCCAUGACCUUUACUCAACAUAUAGGCAUUUUUGGCAAGUUUUGUACAAAUGGUCCGCGGGUGUUUCAAGCACAAGUACUGGUGUGAUUUAUACCUUCAUAACCCUAAAUCCAGCAUCCAAAUCUUGCCACUCACACACAUCAUUUUCCAUGCAGACAUUCCAGGUUAAUUUCCUUCCAUUCUACUCCAAUCACAAGAAGCUGACCCAUCUUGAGGGGUUUCUGCUACCUUGCUGAUUCAGACACUCGUGCAUUACAGAUGUACUUUUUUUUUUUGGUGUCUGUAUCCCUGCUGCUCGAUUUGCAACAGUCUCACUCAGUCUUGUAGGCUGAGCCUUUCACAACCAGUCUGUUAGUUUAUUACAGAGUCUAUUCCAUUCAAUCAUUCAAGAGAGAGUUAGUCUGAAGAGGGAGCACAGUUGCUGAUCAAAUAUGUAACACUUCUAAUAAGUCUCCUUCUCUGGGAUAUAUCCUCGAAGGUACCGGUUGCUCUUCAGGAACAUUCUCUUUCAAUGCACAAUGGCUGAAUCAUUUGUGGAUAUUAAAGGGACACUGUCAAGUACUUUUUAAAUAGUUUUUAGGGUUUGGGCUUUUUUUACUCUCCAUUGUUUGUAAUAUUCUCUUACAAGCUUGAAAAUAAAAUUUCUUUCCCUA